AUGGAAGCCAUCAUCCGUCCGGCAUUGACUGCCUCUGGUCGCCGCUCCGUGGCUACUCGCUUCUGGCCAGCAUGCCGCUGCCUCCACAACAGCUCGUCCUUGACAGCGACGCCACUGCCUCAUCCCAUCGCUGCCGGACCGCCACCGCAACCCCCACAGGCGCCUGCCACAGAGACCGAAGACCGUGUCAAGCGCAAGAGACAACAGGCUGCCCUUCUAGAGAGACAGUCACAGAUCAAGGUGGACCCUGCGAAGCCAGCCUCGGCCCUGCGCAAGCGUUUCUGGAAGGAAUCUUCGGUCAAGGAGACUGCUGAUGGGCUCCAGGUCUUCCUGGACAAGCGGCCGGUCAGGACGGCGUCCAAGGAAGUCCUCACCCUCCCACCUACCAAGCACGCCCUGGCCUCGGGCAUCGCUCUCGAAUGGGACCUCCUCGUGUCGGCACAGCAGGCGCUCAAGUACCACUACAUCCCCCUCACAUCCUUGAGCUCGCGCGCAAUCGACAUCCACAACGCCGACCUUCAAGGAGACAAGAAGAUCAGAGAGAACAUAGUCACCAUGCUCAUGCGCUAUCUGACUACCGACACACUGCUCUGCUGGGACCCCGAGAAGAGCAUCCACGACCCAGCCUCGAUUCUCGACAUGCAGGACGACGGCAAGCCCAAGCAGAGCCUCCGCCAGAAGCAGAUUGAGAAUGCAGAGCCCAUUCUCGCAUACCUCACAACGCACAUAUUCCCCGGACUCGAGAUUGUGCCCAUCUUGGCCGAGGAUAGCAUCAUGCCGGUCAAGCAGCCCAGGGUGACGCAGGAAGUGAUUCGCGGCUGGAUGACCGGUCUGCCUGCCUUUGAGCUGGCCGGUUUGGAGAGGGGAGUGCUGGCAACCAAGAGUCUGCUGGUCGCAAUCCGCUUGCUGGUCGAGUGGAGUCGGGAAUUUAGACACUUGCAGAAGAACGACAGCUCAUCCCGAUUCGGCAUCAUGGAAGCGCGUCAGGCAUCAAUGGUCGAGGUGACGUGGCAGACGGACAUGUGGGGCGAGGUCGAUGACACUCACGAUGUCGACAAGGAGGACGUGGCCAGACAGUUGGGCAGUGUCAUUCUGCUCGUGUCUUAG